AAGCUACAAAUUUGGGUAGUGGCUUUGAGUAACAUCGUAACCUUACGACGCGCGACUAACACGUAUUGUUGCAUGUUAUUAAUGAUUUACCGGGGUUUUUGAAAUAAUCCAUAUUUCAUUACUACCAAUUUAUUGUAUAGAUUAGUGUCAGUGGUAACCGUUUUAGUUCUGGUUGUUUGCUUGUGCCGGUUUGUUGUUGCAUCUUCAUUAAGAAAGAGUUUAUCUGACAAUGGGAAACGUUCAUACUUGUGGUCCAAACGAAGCUUUGGUCGUAUCAGGAGGAUGUUGCGGGUCCAUGAAGAAGAGAACGAUCGUCGGUGGCUACGCCUUCACAUGGUGGUUCGUUACCGACGUCCAGCGAUUGUCCCUCGAGGUUAUGACACUGAAUCCUGUCUGCGAAAACGUAGAAACCGCGCAAGGUGUGCCGUUGACUGUCACUGGAGUAGCACAGUGCAAGAUCAUGAAAGCGGACGAGCUUUUACACACUGCCAGCGAACAAUUUCUAGGAAAGAGCGUUUACGAAAUCAAAUCGACCAUCCUUUCUACCCUAGAGGGUCAUCUUCGUGCGAUACUGGGCACGCUAUCGGUGGAGGAGGUGUACAAAGAUCGAGAUCAAUUCGCGACGCUAGUGAGGGAGGUGGCCGCGCCGGACGUCGGUCGCAUGGGCAUCGAAAUCCUAUCGUUUACGAUAAAAGACGUCUACGACGACGUUCAAUACUUGGCUUCGCUUGGCAAAGCGCAAACUGCGGCUGUUAAACGGGACGCCGACGUUGGCGUCGCCGAGGCGAACCGCGACGCUGGCAUUCGGGAAGCUGAAUGUGAGAAAGCAGCGAUGGACAUAAAGUACAAUACCGACACGAAGAUCGAGGACAACGCAAGACUGUUCCAGCUGCAGAAAGCGAAUUUCGACCAGGAAGUGAACACGGCGAAAGCGGAGGCGCAAUUGGCUUACGAGCUUCAAGCGGCCAAGAUAAGGCAACGGAUACGAAACGAAGAGAUUCAGAUAGAGAUUGUGGAGAGGCGCAAACAGAUCGAGGUAGAGGAACAGGAGGUACGUCGUAAGGAACACGAGCUUCAGAGCACCGUGAGAUUACCCGCGGAAGCUGAACAUUACAAAAUUGGCAAAGUGGCCGAAGGGAAAAGAACACAGACGGUGAACGCGGCCGUAGCAGAAGCCGAGAGGAUUCGUUUGAUCGGAGGAGCCGAGGCUCAGGCUCUAGAGGCGGUUGGAAUGUCGGAAGCCGAACGUAUGCGAAUGAAAGCCGCCGUCUACAAGAAGUACGGCGAGGCUGCUAUACUCAACAUUGCUCUGAACGCCUUGCCAAAGAUUGCCGCGGAGGUGGCCGCGCCGUUAGCGAGAACGGAGGAAAUCGUGCUUCUGGGCGGAAGCGAUACGACCAGCGGUGAAAUUACACGCCUUGUGGGACAAGUACCUCCGGCUGUUCAAGCACUGACCGGUGUAGAUCUUUCAAAAGUGUUAAGCAAGAUACCAGGAGCAAAGUAAUGGCGGAGCAUGAAAGGGAAGCAACGGCGACCAGGCGAUCGGACACUUGGAAUCGGAUGAAGAAAGGAGCGAACGUUAUACUGCCAAAGGUUUCUCUGCUACUCUGCAUCAUCCAACGGUGACACUCCACUUCGUUCUCUUUCCCGAAUUACUCUACCUCAGACGUAGGUGAAGCGACGCUGAACAUUAAAUUUCGAGAAAGAAAUAUUCGAACGCAUACGCGGGCAAAUUCGAUGCUUCGUUACGCGAUACUGGACCACUUUAUACAACGCACAUAAAACGUCUCCGCUUCAUCGUCGUUCGUGCGCAUCGAUUCGAACAUCUCCUCGAUCCUACCGAAUCUUUCUUCACGACCGAACUUUGAUCGACGCAACUGUUGGUCGCGCAACGUGAAGUUAUAAGACAGAGAAGCAACGGAGAAAGAAGAAAGAAGAAUCUUAGGGGAACUCGUCGCAAGAGGAAAUCGAGUACACGAUACACGUAUAUCGCUAUUAUUUCCGAAUUUAUUGUGAUCGAAGAUCUUCGAUAAUUGUGUUCAACUUCAUAAAUAAGAAAUUUAACAAGGGAAAGGAGAGAGAGAGAGAGAGAGAGAGAAUAUGAUAAAAUCAUCGUUCGUGCGAUGUAGGCGACGUGGAAAUUAAUUGUUAAUAGUCGUUGUACAUACUCGUAGUAACGUGUGUAUCAUAGCAACCGGAGUUUCUUACAUUGCUUGAAACGAGACGCUUCGAACGUUUGAGAUGCUCGACGAAAUCGAGGCUGUCGCGUGAAAUAUCUCCGUCGUUUUCCGAACGAUUUAAAGCGAACUCGUACAGAGUGGUUUCUGAUAAAAUAUUCAAACGAAAAUUUAUGUGAAAAUUCGAUAAAAGUUUUCGAGUGGUGUUUUCCUAGAAUUUGACUUUCUAUUUGAAAAAGUAUAGCCACCUUCUCUACGUAGCACCGCGUGUCUUUUUAAUACUCGUCGACCGUUGUAUUUAUCGUGUGUGCGUGUGCGUGCAAACAUUAGAAUAAGAUAUAUAGGAUUAAUAUUUCAUCGGUCGUCACUCUGUCUGAUUUCUACGCUUCUCACUCUGAUUUCAAUUCAGCUGUGCGAUUAAAUCUCUUCCUUCGGAUAAAAGUUACGACAGUUUCAACGAUAAUAAGAUUACACGAAAAGUUCUGAAAGACGGAACACGCGAACGACCGUUCGAGUAUCCUCGUUCGAUCCGCGUUCGCACUCGAAAUUCUCUCGGUUGACCACGCAUCGGAAUCGAUCGCAUUCCCAUCGCCAGAUGUACUCUCCAAACCGAAGAAAGUGCCAACCAAUUUGUAAAUACGGUAUCGUCUCGCCGUCGUGUAGCAGAGCGAAUGGUAAUUCUCUAUCGCGUAACGAGCAUUCUCUAUUGCGUCACACCUGUUUUUUCCGAUUCGGAUCGCGAUCCAGUGCUCGCAUCCAAGAAAAGCCUGUACGUGCGAUAACUUUUGUUCGAGACGGACGAUCGCGUCGCGCGAAAAUCACGUCCAUCGUAUCCUCGACAUUGCGAUUACGACGAUCGAAUCGUCAUUCGUAUAGCCGAUAACGAUCAAGCGUCACCGAGUACAAAUUCCAUUGUCCUGUCCGAUGUAUAUGCUCGCGAGAGACAAUUCGAAGGAAAAAGGAUCCGAUUGUGUAAACUCGUUUCGACGUUCUUUUUCUCUCAUUCUACUUUAAGCAAUCCUUUAUUCGUUUAUUUUUUUACUCCUUGUAGCAUUUCACUCGUAUCUUUUCUAUCGAUAUAUGUUUUUCCUAUUGAAAACAUAGUUUAAGUAGAAGUUACGCUCUUAUCGAGAGAAGACUCUUCGAACCUGCGCGAGCAAAACAGAUCGUGACUUAUUUCUUCAGAAAGAAAGAAAAAAAAAAGAGAAAGAAGAAAGAAGAAGGGAGAAAAACUGUCGCGAGCAUCUAAACGCUGGAAAAGGGAAGUGUACAACCGUCAUUCGUCACUAAAGUCUUCCCAAAAGAAAUAGAAAAAAAAAAAAGAAAGAGAAAGAAGAUAAGAAAGUAUAGUACAUUUAGAGCAGUACAAAAACGAGAUGACAGAGCAAAACUAAUUUCAAAGUACGAUUAUAUCGAAUGAAAAGUUUAAAAAAAAAGAAAAAAAAGAAAAGAAAAUUAAAGAAGUCGUGAUCCGUAAGUGCAAGGUCCACGUCUAUAUAGUAUUUUUAUUAUAAUAAGCGAUCGAAAGUGUAAAUGCCGAUUAUAUAAAGGGGUAAAAAAGAAGAGAAAAAGAUAAGUAGAGGGUUCUAUUUCUCCCAAACAAAUGUUUUAUAUAAGCUAUUUUUAGUAAACGUUUAGCGCACCCGUUCCGAUGGGUAGUCAAUGCGAGAACUCGCCGUGUUUAAAGUUCUAAUUGCCUCGGAAUGUUCUUCGUUCUCUCGAUAUCGUAGAUCCGCGAAAGUACAGAUGUUACGCGAGCGAAGAGAUAAGAAAUAAGAAAGAAAACGAAGAUAACCGACGUCUAUGUGCUUCUAAGAAAUAUUGUCUAGCGCCCAUCGAAAUGAAUUUCACUCAAAGUGUUCGACUUUCGUUCCAGGAUCGACGACGCGUCAAAUCGAAUAACCAAAGUGAUCUAUAAAUCGAUCGUCGUCGAUGGAACAGAGAGCUUUAGGUAGUUGCAAGAAUCCUGCGACGUUCGUAAAAUCGACUCGUAAAAUUUGUAAAGUCGUGAGAACGUCUAUCCGGUGAUUUCUUCCAACUUUUCUAACACGAUCCGAGUGCAUGUUUUUAUACUUGUAUUUUACAUCCUUCUCAGAUGCGUUCGAUAGAGAUGCGCGUUGAUAAUUUUAUUUUCUCGAAAUAAUACUCGAGACUUACGAAAAUAACUAGUUGGUUGGCUUUGUUUAUCCGUCAAGAACGUGAAAAAUUGUUUGUAGCCAUCUGACCAUCAAUUUCUUUCGAUCGCCGUUAAAUCAUUACCAAAGAUAGAGAACAUUUUGUUCGAUCGUGUCGUAAGAAAUUUAUCCUCGAUGGAUUCCAAUUAAAAGUUUAAACUUUUCUCGGCUAAAUCUUCUUCCGAAUCGCAAACGAGCGCGUAGACGAUUACGCGAUUUCUAUUAUUACAAACGAGUUCUAUGACGCGUAACUUGCUGAAUUUUUUACCAAUCUUCGAUCGACGUAACGAAAGAGUUUCUUCGUAGCUUGUAUAACGAUUCACCAGGAUCUCUUGGCUAUUACUUCUAUUAUAAUACUACAGAUUAUCUUGGCGUAAUGAGUCGCCAAAGAGAGAAACAGGAUGAAAGGGCGAUAAAGAGGAACACGCGCCUUGUCGUUCUAGCCUAGUUGAGCGAAUGAUGAAAAGGGUAGCGUAGCUACGUCUUUCGUUUAUCGUAUCAAAUAUUCGUUUUACCGUUAUAUGAGAUUUUUAUACGAGACGAGACGAGAAUGAUUUACUAACCAAAUGUCCAUUACGUCCGAACUAUCGAGUAUCGAUCGAGGAAAAAUCUUGUAUCGUACAAAGGAUGAUCGUUAGUGCGCGCGACUUUGGUCUCGCAGAAACGAAGGAUAUCGUAAAGAUGAUUAUUUAAAUGGAUCUCGUAAACGUCACGAUCGUGCUUUCGUUUCUUACAAUUUAAUAUUUUCCUUUUCAUUAGCAACACCGUUUCGCGAAACUUUCGACUCGUUUUAUUCAAUUUUUGCUACUUCAUGUUUAUUCUCGUUAUCCUGCAUUUCAUUUUCGAUCGGUUUACCACGAAAUCGAGCAUCGUCGAUUCCAGAUCGACGAAUAAAGCUUCAAAGUAUAUUACAUAUACGUACAGUGUGAAUAUUCGACGAGCGGAACGCGCGGAUAAAAAAGAAAUGAAACGUAUUUCUUCCGUCGCCAGCUGUUUUCUAAGAUAUGCAAGCUAAUUAAAAUUAUACGUACAACAAUGAAGUACGUGUUUCCACGAACAAACGAAUUUAUAUCUUUUUUCAAUCGUUUAGAUUUUCCAUCUAUAUAGAUACAUAUUUUACUUUACUCAAAAAGGAAACUGUGUUGCCAAUCGAAGCUAAAUAUUAAAUGUACUUUUGUCAAGAUAUUUUACGCUUACGUUUUAUUCUUUUUCGCGCUUGCAGUUUAAAAUACUGUAACUAAUCGUAUAUCGAAGAGGCGUUAUUUUGUUGUUCGUUGCAAGAGCGAGUUCACAGGCUGCUAAUAAAAUAGCUGCGUCUUAAUAUUAUUCCGUUAAAGAGAAAAAUUUGCUUUUUAGCGCACAAUACAUAGAGAUUUAGCCGGAAUAAGAACUUUGUUGCUAAUUUAUAACUAGUUUGUCAUCGAUAAUUCCGUAACUCGAUAUUUUUCUGCCGGAAUACUUGCAUUUCGCUAAGGAAUAUCAACGUUUUACCCGCUGUCUUCGAUAUAUACGUGAAAAACGAUCGGCAAUUUUGCAAGAUUUUCGAGCUGUUUCGACGAUAUUUUAUUACCAACGAAUUCUCGAAUUUAUACGCAACUGUUGUACCCGUGAUCCUUCUUACCCGUUAUAAAUUAUGUGAUAAUUGACAAUACCUUUUCUAAGGUAAUAAUUAAAGCGGAAAAUAGUAUUAGUAAUUAAUAAUUGAUAGCGUAACUAUCGUAUUAAUACGUUGUUCUAAACGAUAAAUUUGAUAAAUUUGGUAAAUUUGAUAAAUUUGAUAAAUUUAAUAAAUUUGAUAAAUUUAAUAAAUUUAGUAAAUUUAACGAAUUUAAUAAAUUUAAUUCAAUUGAAAUACCGAACAAAGAGGAGAAAGAUCGCACGGCUCUGAUUCGAGAAUUCGAUUGCCGAUAUAUAUAUGUAUGUGUUUGAUUUUACGCAAGUACGGAGUGUCAUACUCGUUUAGUCGACAGUACCUUUGUACAUGUAGAGAAAUAUAAAUAUAUUAGCGAUAUAUUUUGUUCGAUUAUAUAUCACAGUUACCACUGUACAUACUUACUUUUAUUAUGCUUAUUUUAUCGCCAUUUACGUAUCUUGAAUUUUGUAAUAAUUUACACCGACGUUACUUCGGUGCAACCGAAUAGCUUUCGAUCGACAAGAUCGUACAAAGUACGUGAUCGUUACUUGAUUUAUAAUUACGAUCGUCGAGUAAGAUAUACGUGUAAAAUACACAACACGUUUAAACGAGAAUUUCCUCGUUCUUAUCGAUAAUUGCGCGUUUAUGUUUAUUAAGUUUCUGUUCGUACGAGCUACACUGCAAAGUGUAAUCAUCGCGAGAACUAAAAGUCAUGGAUCCGAGUGUAUUAUCCCGUUGUCUGGCAAUGGAUACACCUUCGGUUUGGAAUUUCCACCGAAAUCUUGAUAUGUUUCUCGUGUCCUUCGAUAAACUAGAUCGUAGACGAUAUCCAUGGCUCUUAGUCGUAGAUCGUCACGACAAGGAUGCGCGUGAGUGUCGUCGUUCGAAAAAGUAUCUCCGAAUUGUACGAUUUCGUAAAACUCCUAGCUUAUUAUACUCAGUCUAUGUAUAUGUAUAGUAUGUAUACGUACGCGUACGUAACGCGUGUCGAACGAAACUGCGAUGAUCUUCGACGGACGAGAAUACCUGCGAAACCGACCAAAAAAAAAAAAAAAAGUGAAAAAAGAAAAAAAAGAAGAAAAAAAGGAAUAGAAAGAAAAGAAAUCGUGGAGCAGAGAGGGGACGAGAAAAGAAAAAGUCUAAAGCAAGAGUACGGGGGAGAAUCGUUCGGAAUUCUAGGAUGAAUGAAUCUAGUCUUUUGUAAACAAGAAACACGAGAGUAUCGUAUAUUUUGAAAAUUACGUGCUAGAAAUGUCUGAACCCGUAGAUAGAGAGGACAAUAUCAACGAUCGUGUUGUGCUCUACUCCGAUUGAAAGUAAUGGAACACACCUAUACACUAUAUACGUACAUGUACACAUUUACGCAUACACAGAGAGACAGCCGUGUACACGCGUACAGUUACACAGGCGAUACGAAUUAGUGGAUAUUUUUAAUAAACGGACAUACGGAGCCGAGAAAUUUCCGAUUAAUCCGCGGAUCGAUCGAUUCGACGGAGGAUGGCGAUCGUCGCGACGCGAGUCACUGCUAUUCUAAUUUUCUCGUUUCUAUUCUUCUUGCCUUCGACAACACGUCUCUGUCGUCCUGUAUGCGAUGAUCAAUGCCGAUAUUAAUUAAUCACGGGUAAUUACCGCCCUCUCCCUUGUAACGAUAAUUGUCAAUGAUCGAGUGAAAAUAAAUUGGUUUUUCAGUGAUAAAACGAUUUUGCCUAUUUUAUUUUCCUUUUCCAAGAACGAAUGAACUUCCUUCGACCAACGAAUCGAAAAGUCGAACGAAAACUAAGCGAAACUUUUAGUCGUAGUUGAAGUUCGCACUUGCGAACGAACGACGAGUUUCGUUUCUAUUUCCAUUUUAUCGAGCCCGUUUUUCCUAAACCGAAUCGCUCCUUACCUAUGCACCGCCGCAACCAACGACCGAAGAGAGACGAUCGUCCACCUGAUGAUCGUCGAGGUAAAUCGAGACCGUCGUACGUUCGAGUUUGCGACAUUGUGGUUACACUUUCGUCUUUGUCGGUAUUCCACACUUCGAGUUCGAUCUACGUACAAUUUUAUACGAUCGGAGAGGUCGUAUGAUAAUUGCCAAGCGAAAUGGAAAGACUAGAAAACUUUGAAAAAAUAUCCGAUCCUUUCGUGUUAAACGAUCCUUACGUACACCUUUGUCAACGAAAUACGGAAUAUCAUCGUUAUUAGCAGGACGGAUUUAUUAUCGCGGAUCCUUUGAUCUCGCAAAGUCGUUUACUUUCGCUUCACGAUUGUUUGCGCGAUAACAACGAGUCGCCGUAAGAAUUAUGCCAACUUUCGACUACAUUUUAUCGAUCGGCUCGUAACGGUAAAGAAAAGCGAAUCGAAUAUAGAUAUUCAGAUACAGCGAUGAAUGGUUCGUAUCGAUGAUUCUUACGGCAAUUCGUUAUUUCGAUAAGUCACACGCGAAGGGAUACGACGGAUACUACCACCAAUUCUGAUAUUCAUAAAAAACAUAUUUAAUAUACUCAUAGUUUGACAUUCGUAUAUAACUCGUGAUCGAAGAAACUCGUUACACCGCGUAAUAAUUUGCGAUUAAGAAACCCGAGAUACUGCGUAUAGUACUUAGUAUCGCUAAUAAUUACAAAGUUAAUCUAAUACUGCUAUUUCUUCGGAAAAAGAAGUUCCCUCGAUAUCGUAGAGUUCAUUCGGAAUAACAUGUUCGAACCUCUGCGUUUAGACGCAACGUUCGCGCUUCCUCUCCUCCUCCUCGUCAAAUUUCACAGCGCUGUACAUAUUCAAAGUUAAAAACCAAGCAUCGGUAUCGGUAACUGACUUCGUCGCUCGCAAAUUUCAACCUCCGCCAUAGCUACGCUCGUUUUCCUUUUCAUUCGAAGUACGAAAGUAAUUGGAAAUGCAUCGACCGUUUGGAACACGAUCACUCGUACCCCUUCGCAUCGAGUUGGUCUAUUCUUUUUUUCUUUUUCUUUCCUUUUUGACAUAAUUUCUCGCUAAGCGUGGAAAUUCGGCCGAAUCGCCGAGCAAAGACAGAGAUCCGUGUUCAAGGCGGAAGCAAGGAGGACUGGGCAACGCUUCACGCUUCAAUUUUUAUUGUGAUAGAUUGUAUUGAAAUUUGUCGCACUCCUUCUGAAAACAAAAUGUGUUUGCACGCGGCUGGGUGCUCCAACACCUCUCGUGCGCCGCGCUAUCUUCCUUAAAUUUCUUUCGCGCUUCUAUCGCGUUACAUAGUGUGUGUGUGUCUUUCCCUCCAGUUCUCACAUUUCCAACAACACGCAACGAGUCGUUCGAAGAGGUUCGUAAUAUAUACCGUGUGUUUCUCGUAUUUUUACAUAUACCAGCGAUGGUAUAUACAACAAAAUUCGACAUAGAGUACAACAAUAGCAACGCUCUUCCUAAGACGCACAGACACACUUGCUUUUCUAUUUACUUGUUUCUUUUUUCGUCUUUGCGUCACGCCGCCACAUUCACACGAGAAAUACAAUGUACAGAUAUUCUACUAUCACGAGAGAUGUACAAGACACGCUAGAGUUACAGUUUUUCUUAUUCCAAAACGUCCUCUCUCUCUCUCUCUUUCUCCUCCCCUCCCCCCUUCCGCCCCACCCUCUUUCACUCUGUCAUAUUCAACGUAAUAAUUACAGCUGGUAAUUUUUUUUUCUUACUGUUUUUCACUCUCACACCGUUCCUCAUUCUCUCCGGUCCUUUCUCACCUUUUACCUCUCACUCUCUCUCUCUCUCUCUCUCUCUCUCACUCGCUCUCUUUCUCUCUCUCCCUCUCGUAAUUCUAUAUACAAUUAGGGUUUCGUUUGUUUUAGGAUGUUAGCGAAUAAUAUUUAGCAUCGUACGUCUACGCUGUAAACGAUUUAACAGUUUGUUUCCUUUCUUUUGUUUUAUUUUUGCUUAAACGCUAUAAUAGUGCUAAGUAAUUUUGUCAGUUAUUUAUAUCACAUUGUUCAUGUACAUGUAGAUUCCCCGCACGUUUCCUCCGUUACUUUCUCUUUUCCCGUCGAUCGAUUUUGUUCCCGAGGAUUUCUAGUAGCCGACGAGAUUCUGUUUCUUUUCUUGUUCCUUUAACUUUUCUUUAAUUAUAUACAAAAAGGGAUGUUUUUUUAUCGCUUUUAUUUUCUUCCUCCCCUCCGCUCUCUCUCUCUCUCCCUCUCUCUCCCUCGCUCUCUCUCGCUCUUUCGCGAUCUUACUUUGCUUGCCACCUCCUCUCUCUGCGUGUUCUUCCUUCGCCAAACGCAAGAUCGUAAUAGCACGCGCUUAGUUGUUAGAUUUCCAAAUAAAUAAACCUCCUCGCGUAAAUAGCCAGUACCUUCGUUAUGGAAAAGUAACUUUUCCAUCGAUUUUUUUCGUUCUUCUUAAUCGUUACUUAAAGCUUGCUAUCUCGAUAUAUCCGAAAGUCUACUUUCCUCGGAUCGGAUCGGAUCGGAUCGGAUCGGCUCGUUUUAACGAUGAAAUAACUCGAAAACUAAUCUUUCUUUUUCAACAAGGAUAACGAUUGAUAAAUGGAUGGUUGCCACUCGUCUUGCACGUUCGGCGAACGAAGCAACGAUCCUCGCCUUCCUACAUACUCGAUCUGCGCAACGUGUUAAGAAUGCCCCCAACAUCUUGUACGAGUAUUUACAUGCAUUGCACGAUUCCAUAAUUGGAAUUGGAUUUAAAAGAUACAGAAAGGAGAAAAGGAAAUUAAUACGAUAGAGUGCCGAACUACGGUUCGAAAAAAAAAAAAAAAAAGAAAAAAAAAAAGACAAGGAGGGAACGGAAAUGACUAGUGCGCGCCGAAUUUUAUAUUCUGCAGCAAUUUAUCAUCCCGCAGGAAAGUCCUGCGAAAUCUCUUUUAUACAAACUACGAUACCUGCCGACACGUUCUUUGUAUUAAGUUAAGAAAUGAAAAUAGAAACGGAUCCCCUCCCCCCGAAGCACACGACGUUUUAAUUUUAUCUUCUUCAGGAAAACUGUGAUAUGCCAUCGGCUAUGGAUGACCGAUUGACGCUUUACUAGCGACUAGUUAUAGCAAUAUAGAGGAAAUGAACGGCGUCUCGCGUGUGAACGAUCGAAGCCUGACGAGCUUUCGCAAUCUGUGCUUUCGUUGAAACGCGAAAAAAAGUCACCGUAGCUACAGGCUGCGAGAGACGAUAUUCCUUCUAAUUACAUCGCAUGUUACGACGCAGUGCCGUCGCGGCACUUUAAUUGUCACGUGUGUAGAUUAAAAGUAACAUACAUAAUAGUAACAAAGCCAUUUCGAAAAAAAUACUUACGCGAAGGAUAAACAGCGAUUGGAUUUACGAAAGUUCGAAGGAAGCAUCUACCUACGAGUACGCUUGCGACAACGAUCGCUAUUACCGCACGAACAAAAUCGAACAGUCUCGAAAGAGAGAAGGAAUCGGGCCAACUGAAAGAGGAAUCGGUUAUCAGAAUCGAAAGACUGGUAAUCGAAAGCGGAUUAACGAAAUCGAGGUAGUAAUGUAAUACGAAAACGAGCAAAUUUCACGGGUCUUGCCAAGGAUCUGGAAACGGGUGCAGAUUCCCUGAAUAUUCAGAGACUAUGUAGGUACUGGGACCGAGUCGCUGUUCGAACGCGAUACCAUUGAUUCGGCAGUAUUGUUCGCAAAAGACUCUGCUAAUUUAGUAGUACUCGAUCGUGAACGAUUACAGUUAUUUCGCUAACGGUGCUCCAUCGAAAUAAUUUCCAACAAACGAAAUUUCUUUCUUUCCUUCGUCUCGUUUAACGCAUUCGUUGUUCCUUCGUUUAGAAGAGAAUAAGCAGCAACAGGAUAAAACAUGGAUUUGUCAAAGUGAGAUACUCGGCAUACACCAAGGCAGAAUGAAACAACAGGCUUGCGGGAUCACUGCUCGAAACUUUGAUAUAUAAAUUCGGUAAAAAUCGUUGCAGAGUACAGCGGUAUCAAAUUUCGAGUAGUACAAAGAUCUAGCGUAACACGAAUGCGUUAGAACGUUCUCUCAAACUAACGGUGACGUUUUCAACGUUUCUUACACAUCUACCGGGAUAACAGAGUUGAGCAAGUCCCAUGCUGCAUUUAAACGCCCUGAAAACGAUAUUACGCUCUCCGCUAACCAAUAACUUAGCACGUGCUUUAACGUGUUUCCGCAGUAGAUCGAAAUACACAGCGCCCGCGUAUAUAAUAUACCUACAUAAUCAGCGCGUAAACUGACUGACCAAAGCCUUUGAUUAAAUAAUUUAAAAAAUAAAAAAAAAAAAA